AAGUGAGACAGAAGUUCAAAAAGCGAGAGAUUGUGGCGUAGCUGAAAAUACAACUUCCUGUUAAGACGCCUUUAGUGCUUCACUGAAGGUGAGAGUGUUCCUGACACUGCUCCGUCUGUCAAGCACAAACACAAGCUUGAGAACGCCGGGGCAUAAAACACGCAGGAAACUGUGACGACUGAUUAGAUAAAACAAAAGAAAGCGACUUAUGGUGUCUUAGAAGAGGCCUUUUACACCCCGUUAUGGCAAAGUUCCAUGGACCAAGGUUUUUAUUCCUGGUCCUGGCAGGAUUAGUGUUAUGUAAGCAGGGUCACACAGAGACAAGUUCUAAUUCUUCCACGCAAUCAACACCUACAGUCACCACAACAGUUUCCCUAGCUUCCACUCAAGGUACCGCAGAUGACAAAAAUGGACCAGAAAACUCAAGCGCAAGCACCUCUGACUCCUCACGCACUUCCUCCACCAUGAACACAAUCUCACCCACACUCACAACCAGCACAACAACAGAGAAUUACAUGACAGGCUUACCCACAAGCACCCCCUUGCAUCAACACCCAAAUACAACCGUAACCGUGACUACAGCAGAAAACAUGAAAGCGAGCACCUCUGACUCCUCACGCACUUCCUCCACCAUGAACACAAUCUCACCCCCACUCACAACCAGCACAACAACAGACAAUGACGACACAGGCACACCCGCACGCAACUCCAGCCAUUCAAACAAAACCACAGCUGGAGCAGUAACAGACAAUUACACAACAGGCUUUCCUCCAAGCACCACCGAGCAUCAACACCAAUCACACACAACUUCGAAUGAACGAGAAAACAUGAACACAAGCACCUCUGACUCCGCACGCAAUUCCUCCACCAUGAACACAACCUCACCCCCACCCCCACUCACACCCAACACAACAACAGACAAUGACGACACAGGCACACCCGCACGCAACACCAGCCAUUCAAACAAAACCACAGCUGGAGCAGUAGCAGAGAUGAACAUAACAGGCUUUCCUCCAAGCACCACCGAGCAUCAACACCAAUCACACACAACUUCAAACGAACGAGAGAAUUACACGACAGGCUUACCCACAAGCACCCCCUUGCAUCAACACCAAUCACAAACCACCUUGAAAGAACGAGUAACAGACAUUUACACGACAGGCUUACCCACAAUCACCACCGAGCAUCAACACCAAUCACACACAACUUUGAAUGCAACAGUAGCAGACAAUAACACAACAACCUUGCUCCCAAACACCACCAAGCAUCAACACUCACAUGCAACCGUAACCGUGACUACAGCAGAAAUCGUAAGCGCAAGCACCUCUGACUCCUCACGCACUUCCUCCACCAUGAACACAACCCCACCCCCACUCACAACCAGCACAACAACAGACAAUAACGACACAGGCACACCCGCACGCAACACCAGCCAUUCAAACAAAACCACAGCUGGAGCAGAAAACAUGAACACAAGCACCUCUGACUCCGCACGCAAUUCCUCCACCAUGAACACAACCUCACCCCCACCCCCACUCACACCCAGCACAACAACAGACAAUAACGACACAGGCACACCCGCACGCAACACCAGCCAUUCAAACAAAACCACAGCUGGAGCAGAGAAUUACACGACAGGCUUACCCACAAGCACCCCCUUGCAUCAACACCAAUCACAAACCACCUUGAAAGAACGAGUAACAGACAUUUACACGACAGGCUUACCCACAAUCACCACCAAGCAUCAACACCAAUCACACACAACUUUGAAUACAACAGUAGCAGACAAUAACACAACAACCUUGCUCCCAAACACCACCAAGCAUCAACACUCACAUGCAACCGUAACCGUGACUACAGCAGAAAUCGUAAGCGCAAGCACCUCUGACUCCUCACGCAACUCCUCCACCAUGAACACAACCUCACCCCCACUCACAACCAGCACAACAACAGAGACAUCCCUCAAGUGCAGCUACACCCUCGAAGAAGAAAACGAUACUGUGACAGUGAAAAUUAACAAGAAUGACUCAGCAGUCAAAUACAAGAUUAAAUUCACAGACACAUCAGAUGGAAGCAGUACAAAAACAUGGCCAGAAGAGUCUUUCCCAAUAUCACUUAAAUCAUUUAAGCCUUGCCAAAAUUACAAUGUCACUUUUGAUCCUCCCUGUAACCCCAUGACUGGAUUUUUUAAAACAAGAGAAUUAGUUGACUCAGAUGUAAGCCACACGUUGAACAUAACUGGGGCAAAAGUACAAGUGUGUUUUGAGACCAAAUGGAAUUUGAGUGAAUGUGUUGAUCUCAAUACCAGUGACUCCUGCACUGGCUAUAGUGUGACUUUUAAAGGAGAUCCCUGCAAGAAAUCUAUCCCUUUCACAAUUCCCCCAGUAAAGCCUGUUAUUAAUUAUACAAACGAGUUCCCUACGAAAUUACGUUGGGACAAUCAGCCUUCAAACUGCCUAAAAGACCUCACAUACAACUGCAAUGGUUUGACAGUUGCAGAUUUUGAAGAUUUGAAACCUUUUCAUGAUUAUGAAUGCACUGGGACAUAUGAUUAUGAGAGUGGAACAAUUACAAGUGAUCCCAUCCGAGUUAAGAUUGAUUGUGAUAUAGUGAAUGAGCCCAGUCUCUCUGUAAGUCAUAAUAGCAUUCAUGCAUCCUGGCAAUUGGAUAGCCAGAACUGUCCAUCGAUCACCACAGACUUCACCUGGAAAGUAACAUGUAAAAAUGGUUCCACCAGCUCUUUAAAAGGGCACUGUACUAAGAACUCCUGUGAAUUUUCUAAUUUGAAAAGUUUUACUGAAUAUACUUGUGAGUUUGAAGCAGCUUAUGAAAACAAACCAUUUAACACCACUACCAAAACCCCAAAAACCUGGCCUGGACAACCGUCUUUCACAAAAGGUCCAACAAAAAAAGAGGAAAGCCAUAAUGCUUUCAAAGUGAGCUGUUCAAUCGACAAUUGGAAUGGUGAUCCGGGAAAGAUCUUCGCAGAGCUCUACAUUAAUCAUAAUCUGCAAGAGAAUAAAACAGACUGCAAUGGAAAAAUUUGUGAUUUUCUUUUCACAAACCUCUACUACUCAACACAAUAUAAAAUUAAGGUGUAUGCCCAAAAUGGUCAUGGGAACAGAACAGUUAUCCUUGAUAUGGAUCAUUCCACUAAAUACAAUGACAAAGCCGUUAUUGGAUUCCUGGCCUUUCUCAUUGUUCUCACAUCUGUUGCACUGCUGUUUGUCCUCUACAAAAUCUAUCUUUUAAAGAGAGAGAAGUCAAGCAGGAAUGACCAAGAACUGGAUGACCUUCUUCCUACAAAUGCACUGCUCCGGGUGGAACCCAUGAGUGCUGAAGCGCUGCUGGAGGCCUACAAGAAGAAGAGGGCUGACGAAGGACGUCUGUUCAUGGAGGAAUUUCAGAGUGUUCCACGUAUUUUCUCCAACUACUCGGUCAGAGAGGCCAAAAAACCAGAAAACCAACCCAAGAAUCGCUAUGUUGACAUUCUUCCCUAUGAUUAUAAUCGUGUUACUCUCUCUCAUGGAGGAACAGAUUACAUCAACGCCAGUUUUAUUGAGGGUUACAAGGAGUCCAACAAAUACAUUGCAGCCCAAGGACCCAAGGAAGAGACAGUUGGAGAUUUCUGGGCAAUGAUCUGGGAGCAAAAGACUUCGAUUAUUGUCAUGGUAACCCGUUGUGAAGAAGGAAACAAGAACAAAUGCGCUCAGUACUGGCCAUCAAUGGAGAGAGAAACAGAGAUUUUUGAGGAUUUGGUUGUGAAAAUCAAGGGAGAGGAAAACUGCCCGGAUUACAUAAUUCGCCACCUGACCCUGAUGAAUCGGAAAGAGAAGGCAGCGGAAAGAGAAGUCACUCACAUCCAGUUCACGAGCUGGCCUGACCAUGGUGUCCCCUCUGAUCCUGGCCUGCUCCUUAAACUCCGCCGCAGAGUCAAUUCCUUUAAAAACUUCUUCAGUGGUCCCAUCGUCGUUCACUGCAGCGCUGGAGUUGGACGCACAGGGACCUACAUCGGCAUCGAUGCCAUGAUUGAGAGUCUGGAGGCAGAAGGACGUGUGGACAUUUAUGGAUAUGUGGUCAAACUUCGCCGUCAAAGAUGCCUCAUGGUCCAAGUUGAGGCCCAGUAUGUGCUCAUCCACAUGGCGCUGAUCGAGUACAGUCAGUUUGGCGAGACAGAAAUGUCACUCGCAGAUUUCCACUCAGAGGUCAAUACACUCAGACAGAAGGAGGGAAAUGAGACAUCUUUAAUGGACCUGGAGUUUCAGAAACUUCCAAAAUUCAGAAACUACAGGGCGUCCAACACGGCGCGGACUGAGGAGAAUAAUAAGAAAAACCGCUCGUCUAUCGUGCCAUAUGACUUCAACCGAGUCCCAAUUAAAGUGGACGACGAAGCCAGUCAUGACAGCGAGGCUGAAGAUGAGGACGAAUAUUCCUCAGACGAAGAAGAUGAAGUCCCCACCAAAUAUAUUAAUGCCUCAUAUGUGGAUGGAUACUGGUGCCCAAGUAGCUUCAUUGUUGCUCAGGGACCUAUGCCUGACACAGUUGCUGACUUUCUGCACAUGCUUUACCAGAAGAAGGUUAAAACUGUGUUCAUGCUCUCUGAUUGCACUGAGAAUGACCAGGAGAUGUGCGCCCAGUAUUGGGAUGAUGAGAAGAAAACAUUUGGGGAGAUGGUGGUGGAGGUCAAAGAGACUGAAAACUUCCCUACAUACAUCAGACGGUGCCUAGAAAUACAGCACACAAAGAGGAAAGACAGCCACACAUUGCAGCAGUACCAAUUCCUGAAAUGGGUGGGUCAUGAGAUCCCACCCAAGCCUCUCGACUUGGUUGACAUGAUGAAGAGUGCCAGACAGAGCAGUGUUAACAGCAGCAAAAACAACAAUUUGCCCAUUGUAGCCCACUGCAAUGAUGGCUCCUCACGUUCUGGAAUCUUCUGCGCCUUGUGGAAGCUUCUGGACAGUGCGGACACAGAGAAACUGGUGGACAUCUUCCAGGUGGCCAAGGACUUGCGCAAGGCUCGUCUAGGGAUGAUCAACACCCUCGAGCAGUACGAGUUCCUAUAUGCCGCCCUGGAGGCAGCGUACCCCGUGCAGAACGGCGAGGUGAAGAAGCCCAGUGAAGCCCCUGCUGACUCUGUGCAGAUUAUUAACGAAUCAACAGCACUGAUCCCAACGAAUCCCAGCACAGACGCUGAGCACCAAGAGAGCACCAAAGAGAAACCAAGCGAAGAGAGCACCAAAGAGAAACCAAGCGAAGAGCGCACCAAGGAAGGCACUGACUCAGCAUCGCCUGAAGAGGGAGUCACUGAGUCCAGCAGCGAGAUAGAGAAAGCCCUCAGUGAAAACACCACUAAUGGUCCCACUGCUACUGUAGAGAAAACAUGGGGGAAAACUAAUGACCAGCUCUGAAUCUGCGAGAAACAACAUCCCUCUCUUCUGAAUCUGUGAGAAACAACAACCCAUUGCUUUAGUGUUAUUAUUAUUAUUAUUAUUAUUAUUAUUAUUUCAAAGUGUACCUUUCUAGUGGUGUAUUUUAGUGCAAGAUGCUAAGACUUCAGGAGGACCAGUUAUAUGCAUUUAGUCCCACAUCUCAACACAUUCUGUAUUUAAAUCCAUCAUACCAUCUUGUCAUGAAUCUAUGCUUUGAAAUUUCCAGAACUCCAAAAAAAACCCUCCAGAAUUAGCUUUUAGUCCUGUCUUUUUUUUUUUUUCCUUUUUAAACUGCAUGCAUGAAUGUAAUGUAAAUGGAAAGUUUGCUCAUAUUCACUGUAUAUCUAUAUAUAUCUAGAAGUAUUUUGUUAAGAAAUCUAAGUUAUGAAGUGCCGAAUGUAUAAAAGGGCAAAGAUAUGUUAUGCAAAGAUUACUUUGCACCACACUUUUGUCUUCAAACUAUCUGAUUGGUAUUGAUUUUUACUAUUAGUUUAAUAUCUUAUAUAAUUAUGGCUAUAUCCUUUGUUGUUUUGUAAUUGGAAAAAUAAUGAAUAAAGGUUUUAAAUAUGUCA